CCCCAGGGAAAGGGGGAGCGAGGAGCAGGGCCCGGGGCCCCACCGGGAGGCCGCGUGCGGGCUGGCGGAGGAGGAGGGAGGCCCCGCAGCGCCGUUUCUGGCUCCCGGGGCAGCGGGAGCGGGCGGCAGCCAUCCCGGCCCGGCCCCGCCGCCAUGGAGCGAUACACGGUGCUGGAGCAGCUGGAGCCCGGGGCCCUGGGCACAAUGCUGGUGGUGGAGUUAAAAACAGAGAGAGGAGAAGCUGGGAGGAAAUAUGUGCUGAAGCAGGUUGAAUGCAUUGAUGAACAACAAGCAAAUGAUGCCCUGAAGGAGGCAAUGGAUCUGCUGAAACUUCAGCAUUCAAACAUCUGCAUUUACAAAGAAUUGUUUAUCACCUGGGAUAAUAAGAUUUCAUCUCUAUUUCUUUGUCUGGUGAUGCAGCACUCAAGCCAAGGAGACCUUUCAUCUCUGAUCAAGGCAAAAAGGAAGAAGCGAGAGAAAGUAGAAGAAAUGGUGCUUCAGAAGUUCCUGGGGCAGAUGGUGGAUGCUUUGUUUUAUAUACACAAACAAAAUGUUUUUCACAGAAACCUCAAACCGUCUAACAUCCUUUUAACUGAUGAAGUAUCCUUCAUGCUUUGCGAUUUCAGUGUAGAAACUCUUAUGACUGAUGAAAUGAAAUGGAAGAUAAGAGUGGAAGAAGAUCCUGACUCUAAAUCCUGGAUGUCCCCUGAAGCACUCUGCUUUUCCUUUAGUGAGAAGUCUGACAUCUGGUCUUUAGGAUGUAUUCUACUAGACAUGAUGACCUGCUUCUUUCUGAAUGUGAAAGAGACAAAUUCAUUACUGCAGGAUAUUAGAAAGGACACCAGUAGUCUUGAGAGAGUUCUGACGAUAAUGCAGAAAGGGAAUAAAGAUACUCUGCCUUUGUCUCAAAUUUUACUUAUGAUGCUACAGAUUCAGCCCAGUAUGAGACCCUCAGCAAAGGAUCUGGUUGAUAUUCCAUAUGUUAUGGAAUGUUUGACUCUUGCUGGUUCCUCUUUAUCAAAACAGGAAAAAACCUUGCCUUCAGCAAUUUUAGAUGUGCUCCUUGAAGGAGGAAUUGGAAGUGUUUUAGAAUUUAUGCAGACUUACUGGGACAUAGAGCAGGCUCAAGCAAAAGCCAUAAAGCGCCUUGCCAGCUUACUGGGAGAAGAAAAUGCCUUAAUGUAUUUGCUAGAACUUCUGGAUCCUGUCACUUGUGCAAUGAAGACUCAUAUAGAUUCUCUAGAGCUACAAUUAGAUGGCUGCAGAUUACUGCUUGACAUUAUUGGCCAAGCGCUACAACAGAAUGUGGCUGUGGAGAUGCUAGUUGGUGAGGAAGGAAUCAAUUCUCUGUUAAAGACAAUGAGAACAUAUUCUGAAAAUGAAGAACUGCUCUCAAUGAUCUGCACUUUACUAAUGAUGAUGUCAGCCAGUGAAAUGGCUGCAGAAGCACUGAGGAAAGCUGGAGUCAUCACAGAUGUUCUGUCAAUUAUAAGCAAUUUUCCUCAGAACAGACAGAUCUGCCUUUCUUGCUCUGGUAUUCUUUGGAGCUUGGCUGUGAAUGAAAGUAACAUGGGGCAAGCAUCACUAAAAAAUGCUGUCCAGAUUAUCACUGGAGUCCUCCAAGAACACCGUGAGAAUGGAGAGGUGGUUGAGUCGGCUUGCUCUGCCCUCUGGGUUCUGACACUUCAGGGCUGCUUAACUGAAAACCAGUAUGAACCAACAACUCUGCUUUUGUUGGAUGCUCUCAGGAUGAAUCCAGAAAGGCCAGUGCUGGUGAAGAAUACCUGCUUGGCAUUGGCAAGCCUCCUAAGGAUAUCUGAGUUAUCGGCUUUCAGACUUAUAGUAACAGAUACAAAGGGCAGUGGAAUAAGCCUGAUCAAAGAUUCCUACCACUUUCACUGUGAUGAUCCAGAAGUGGUGGAGAACAUCUGUAUUCUGAUUAAUGAGAUGGUUCAGUACGAUGACAUAGUGCUAGAGAUGAUCUCCCAGAAUAUGAAGGAGCUGCUGACUGAAAUGAAAGUCAAGUUUACAUCCAGUCUGGAGAUAAUUACCCUUGUGGAUUCAGCACUUUUGAAACUGCAGAAGUAAGAAGGAGAUACUGCCUGUAUUAUAUAGACAUCAUCUGCUUGAACAUAUUCCAUUGUAUUCUUUACAACGGACCACUUUGACUACUGACUAUUGAGAGUCUGACAGCAGUGUUAUUUUCGGAACCUGUCUUACUUUGUGGAUUUUUAAACUAUAUUUAAUGUAUACUAUACUUUCCUAAAAGAUUAAUAAAAAUCAUACUAAGGUCUACAGUUAUGUGAGCUUUAUGUAUUUAGUGAGCUUUUGGUCCAUGGAUUAUUUAUUUUCAGGAUUAGCUCUACCUCAGCAGUUUGUGAACAGACAUAUGAUUCCUUGUAAUGGACUGUUCACAGCUAUUAGUUUAUUAUGCAUUUACUAUGCAUGACUGAUUCAAGGAUAAUACAGUUGGCAAGAGAAGAAAGCCAUCAUACAACGUCAUAGGAAUCUAGUCACCAUUUGAAUCUG